UGGAAGCCAGGCACCUCUACACACACCAGUCAAUGCAGAAUCAUCCGUCUCUACAAACUCUCCUGUUGAUCUUCAAGGUCAAUUAAGUAGUUCUUCAACUAUCAAUCAGAGUCCAGCAUCAGUAAUAACCCCCAGUCAAUCAGGGGAUGACCAACUACAAUAUACCAAACACUUCCCUUAA